AUUUUCCACCUCUUGUCAAGUGCUCAGAGGGACUACUGGAAUUUUCACUGGUCAGUUGGCCUCAUUGCUGUCGAGAGCUCCUGCUUUGUGCUCUGGUACCCUGAAUAGCAGGAAAAUGACAUCACAAAGGAUGACGGAUCACUUGGAGAGGACAGCGAACAAGUUCAGGCAGGAGGUUAUUUCCCCGGCAAAAGUUUGCGGGAUUACCAGUGAGUCUGCUACUGUGAAAAGAGUGCGGCUGUCUGUAGAAAACAGUGAAUUUACUUUUAAAGCAGGACAAUGGGUAGAUUUCUUUAUUCCUGGAGUUCCUAAAGUUGGGGGUUUCUCCAUUUGCUCCAGUCCAGGACUUCUGGAAAAAGAAGGGGUACUGGAGCUGGCAGUGAAAUAUAACUUGCAUCCGCCUGCUCACUGGAUUCAUACACAGUGUUCCCUCGGCUCAGAAGUAGCAUUACGAGUAGGAGGAGAGUUCUUCUUUGAUCCACAGGCAACAGACUCUCCGGUGGAUCUGGUCUUAAUCGCUGGUGGAGUAGGAAUCAAUCCUUUGUUUUCUAUACUCCUUCAUGUUGCUGACCUUCACAAAGCCCUAGAGACAACAGGCAGAGGUUUCCGAAUAGGGAGUGUGAAGCUCUAUUACUGUGCCAAGAACACUAGUGAAUUACUAUUUAAGAAAAACAUUCUUGAUUUGAUGGACAUCUUCCCUGAAAAAAUAAGAUGCAGCUUUCAUGUCACGCAACAGAGUACACCGAUCUGUCCAGAACUUCAGCCGUUUAUCACUGAAGGAAGAAUCACUGGGAGUCACCUAGCAAAUUAUGUUUCUCGUGAUCAUCUGUGUUACAUAUGUGGACCACCUCCAAUGAUUGAGGCCAUGUGCAAACAGCUCGAGGACCUCCAUGUGCCCAGAGAACGGAUUUACUUUGAAAAGUGGUGGUAGAAGGGGAAUGCCUAAAGAGCCAAAAACCUCAUUCAAGUACCAGAGAUGAUCAGCUGGAAGCAAAUGUACUGUUCUCAGGGAGAAACACUGACACACAAUGGCAAAAGAAUAGAGUAACUGUUAAAGAACAUAGCCGUCACUCAGUCAUUUUUCUAACUACCGGUAUAACAGUCCACAAAUGGAAAAGCAAAGAUGAUCAACGUGGAGUGUUUUAUAAGCAAUGUAUCAACUGCUGUCUUUUAUUUAAAUAUCAUUUGUAAAACUGUGUACUAUAACUUGGCGUAUGAGUCAUC